ACACGGACAACAAUGACGAACGGCAGUCGCCGCACUUCCUUUGCCCAUGACGCCGGAUCGAAGUUGUGACAGCUGAUUGUCCAUGUCAGUGUAAAUCCACCGGGAGCCUCCAGACCCUCAGUGUUUGUGAGCGAUUCAGAGGCGGACGCGCUGCGACAGUCUCCGGCUGCAGUUACAGACGGCGCCUUGAACAGAGGAGGCGGAUUGAUUAUGGUGUAGCACGGAGAGCUAGCUCUGAGACAGCAGGUAAAAUAUACACAAAACAACACUGAGGUUACUGAGGCAACAGGCGAGCUAGCAGUGACCAGCAAGGACACUUUGACAAACAACCGACACUCGCCUCUCCGUCGACUGAGAGAAGCUGAGCCACCUGUGGGAGGAAAGACCCCUGAGCUGAGACCGGGUGCAUUUGAGCAGCAGUGCAGUGCAGCAGCGUGGGGCAGACCGAGGCAGACCACAACAGUGUAGCCAUGCUUACAUUGGCCAGUAAACUGAAGAGGGAGGAUGGAGGAAAGACUGGACGUGCCUCUGGAGCCUCCGACUCCACCCACAGAGUCUCGAUCAGAGACCGCCUCCUUACCAAAGAAGUUGCAGAACUUGAAGCCAACCUCCCCAGUACAUGCAAAGCCAGUUUCCCAGAUGAAGACCAGCUGCAUCAUUUUCAGCUGGCCGUGUCUCCUGACGAAGGUUACUACCAAAGUGGAAGGUUUCAGUUUGAAAUCAACGUUCCCGAAGCCUAUAACAUGGUGACGUCCCUGCAUUCUCCUUUGCUUUGGAACUGCCUGCAACAUGGAGGAAAGGAAGGGUUUCCAGGUCCAGUGAGGAUCAAGAAGCAAUGAAUGAACACAUUUGGUCUCUAAUAGCUAAUGUGGUUCCAGACAAGGAGCAUCUUAGAGACCAUUGGAGUGGAUGAAACAUGUAGUGUAAUUGGCAAAACAUGGGGCAGCUGAAACCCCUCUUAAAACCGUGUCUGGUAAAGUUUGGACCAAAUGGACAUAGCAGAAUUCAGCCCACAUUAGACAACAUCAUUUCCUUCAAGACACAGUUCUCUCAGACAAAGGAAUAUUGUGGCAGCAGGUUUUAGAGACAGCUUCUCACAACUUAAGAGCACUUUAAGUUUAUGUGAAGUGCUGUUUUGUUCAUGGACACCAUACUUGUACCUUAUCACAUGUAUUUUGAUGUCUUCUAGUAGGGAAUGGAAUGUAGGGAGAUUAUCACAUGUUAAGGUGACUUGUUUGAUGAUUGCAGACAAUGAUAUUACAGCUUUUUGUUUUUUUGCUGCUAUCUACUGGAAGUUGUCUUUUACAAGGAGGGAGAUACAGUAGGUUAAUCACCAGCUACUUUGAGUUUGUAGGUUUCGGUGGUACUGAGGUGUGAAGCCAUGUAAAGCCUUUGGAAAGUGAACAAUCUGACGAACAUGGAAAAUAGAAUAUCGUAAAUGUGACCCUUUCUUCCUUGAUUUUUUUUUAAUGGGGUGUACUUGCCCCUUUUUUUCUCCAUCUCUGAUACAGCCCCUAUGCAACUAGAGAAUGGAGUUACUUAAUCUCCAUGAUUACAGUCAUUUUUUUAGCAGUCAGUGUGGCUUCUGUUAGCAUGGAAAAGAAAAUCUCUGCUCACCCCGAUGUCGUUCAAACAACCCUGUUGCAAAAUGCAGAGAUUCACUUAACACACAAGACCCUACAAAUGCCAUUUCAGCUGAGUCUUAAAAAAGCCCAAUCAUUUCUCUAUCGAGGUAUGAGAGGCUGAUGUUAACAGACGUUAACGUUACAAAUUAUGAGCGUAGCAGUUCAAACAUUCCAAACUAGACUGACUUGACAGAUUUCAUCAAUGUUUAAUGAGGGGAGUCAGUAAGGACUUCCCAUGAAUGAUCUUAUGUUUGCUUUUUGCUAUUUUAAAAGGGCUGUCUCAAAUGUUUUAAUAAAAUUGGUACAUAAUGGGUUCUGCAUUAAAAAAAGCUUACAAACCAGCAGAAUAUCUUUAUAGAGAGGCAUCACAAAGUAUUCAGACACUUGAUUUCAGUGUUAUAGUAGUAGGAUUUCACUU